GUCACAUGAAGGUGACCUUUAUGAAGCUAUUGACCUUCAUGAAUUAAAGAAGACGCGUUGCGGCUAAAGCAUGGCGGCAUCCAGUGCAGGCAUGUUGUGGUUGAUGUUGGCUGCGUUCUUUAUCAUCGACGUUACUGAUGGAGCAGAUACACCGGACAAGUUCAAGUGCCCGGAGGGCUGGAUGCUGGGGCUUGAGUCCUGCUACAAGUGGGGCACCAGCCAGAUGACGUUCUCGAGAGCCCAGGAUCAAUGUCGUCAGUCGGGUGCCACAGUCAGACUCAUCACGAACAAGGAAGAGAACCAACUCUUCUCCGUGUCCGACACUGGAGGUACCUACUGGCUCGGCAUCGUGAAAUCCUUCAAUCAGAAAUGGGGAUAUCAGACAAAUGGAACAACCACGUACCUGACGUACACGAAAUUCACCCAAAACAUCCACAACUAUAACUAUGGAAUGUCUUGUGCAGUAUGGCAAUCUCAAACGCAAAUGUGGUUGGAGGAGGCUUGCACUAACCGGCAUCUGUUCAUCUGUCAGAAGCCUCCAGACUGUGUCCCUGGUCGUUUUGGAGAGAACUGUGCCCGCCAGUGUCACUGCAAAGGGCAUAUCUGCGACGCCACUUCCGGUCUCUGUAAAUAUGGCUGCCAGAUAGGAUGGACGGGGGAGUCUUGUGAUACAGAAAAAAAGAAAGCCGAAGCCAAGUUCUACUGCUUCAAGAUCCAAGCACGUAAUGUGAUGAUGUUUCGUGUAGAUCAAAGGGGGACGGUCUACCGGGAUGUGUCUGCCAUAGAUGAGUAUGGGGACACUGUUGACACUUGUAGCCGAACCGUGUAUGACCACUUCGAGACUGGAGGGACGGGGACGCUGAAGGUGACGCAAACUUUCAACAACAGUUUCACGCCUAAUUGUGGAGGAAACGAGGUGUCGAAUGAGGUUCACUCCUGGAGGUUCAGAUUCAGGGAGUAUCCUGGCACCUCCUCCGCCUACGACAUCAUGUUUGAGGUGAAGUGCGACUUUACUAACGCCAACUCCUUGGAGAUUUCCACGGCCUACAACACUGACAAACCUGCCAACAAGUCAAUAUUACUCACCGAAAGCACGGUGUCCGUGAGUCUGGACAUCAUCGACCCCGUCGAUAACCUCUCUAUAGCCGCAGCAAAACUGGGCCAGCAAGUCCGUCUCCAGAUGAAGCUGAACAACGUCGAUGAGUCCGGCGUGAACGCUAUCUCUCCAUACAACUGCUCUAUCGGGACACUGGACCACAGACACAACACCAUCUUCAUUGACGAACACGGAUGUUCUCCCAGAGAUGCCCAGAUUGUCUUCCGGAAUACCGACGUCACAACAUGGCGCAGCGAGAUGUUCGAAACAUUCGCCUUUCCCGGUUAUGAUAAACUGUUCUUCCGGUGCCAGUACCAAGUGUGCUUCACAGAGGACCAACACUACUGCAGGGAUAUGUGUAGUCACUCCAGGACGAGUAACCACAGACAACCCCAUAAGAGAAGUGUGAUCUUCAACCACAUGGAUGAAGAGAAACCGGCAAAGCUGACCACCUUGGAAAUUGUCUAAUUGUAGUGCUUAAUUGUUCGCGUUGCUGUGAGACCGCGUUGUCCUCAAAACUGCAAUAAAUCAUUAACCAGA